AUGUCUUUUAAGAUUCCAAUCCUUUACAUUGGAGCUACAGGAUACAUUGGCGGCAGUGCCCUCCAGGCCAUCCUUGCGCACCCGAAGGCGAACACUUUCGAGAUCACCGCCCUGGUUCGAUCUGAAGCGAAGGCGAAGGUACUCGAGAGUGCACUGGGCAUCAAGACAGUCAUCGGAUCCAUCCAGGACCAUGCCUUCCUGACCGAGAACGUGGAGAAGGCGGACGUUGUUAUCCAGCAGGCAAACGCAGACGACAUGGAGGUCACGAAAGCUGUACUAGCCGGUCUGAAGAGGAAAUUUGAGAAGACAGGCAAGAAGCCCAUUCUCAUCCACACCUCUGGCACUGGAAUCCUGAUUGACAAUGCGCGCGGCGAGUACGCCUCACCCACAAUAACCUCUGACCUCGACGCCGCUGCGAUCGAGAAGAUCUCCGCAAUCUACCGUCACGCAGUCGACUUGCUCGUGAGCUCAGCGGACGUCGAAGGAUAUGCGACGACGUACAUCGUUGUCCCCGGGAUUGUCUACGGACGUCCUAAAGGCCCGCUUUUUGACGGCGCCGAGCCGAUCGCCAACACGCAAACCGUCGUCGUGCCGAGGUACACCGAGGCCAUUGCUCAGAGGGGGCGCCCGGGCAUCGUUGGAAAGGGCGCGAACAUAUGGGCAUACGUCCACGUUGACGACAACGCGGACGCGUACGUACGCGUGUUAGAUGCCGCCCUUUACGACCCCGCGCGGAUCUCACACGGGCGUGAAGGCUUCUUCUUUGUCGAGAGUAGCGAACAUAGUGCAUACGAACUGGUCAAGCUAAUCGCAGAGGCCCUGGUCGAACUCGGCGUGAUCACUGAUGCUGAGCCGGACGUGUACACUGCGGAAGAGCGCUUGAAGUACUUCGGGAGCGAGGUCAUAGUGAGUAUAUUCUUCGCCAACGCGCGCUGUACCGCGGACAGGAUCCGGAAGGAGCUGGGCUGGGCGCCGAAGCACACCACGGAGGACUUCGUGCAGCACAUCAAGGAAGAUGUUGAAGUGGCUCUGAAGAAGCUGAAGGCGCAGUAG